AUGCUCUUCCCGCCAGGCAUUUUCUCAGAGGCGACCGCAUUCAGCCACAAACGCAGCAUUCGCUCGAUUUCCUCCCACAGCACUUUCGACGAUGUUACCGCGGAGACCGACGAAGCACCUGUCUUGGCGGAGGUUGAGAAGAUGCCUGCCGUGGUUAAGAAAGUCAAGCACGGAAUGAGGAAGGUGCUCGAGAGUCUCGGGAUUCUCGACAGCAAAUGCGAACAGAAGAAGAAACACAACAAGAUCCCUAGCGCCGCAGCCGGAGAUUCCCCAAUUAAAACUUUUGGAUAUCCUUUCUACGACACCUCCUUGGGCCGUUCACUUCUCAGACCGCAGGUCGGACUAUCCUUUAUUGAAGGUUUCAUGCAGCCCAUUAAAGUCGGUGCUUUUGACUGGAUGGUCCAGGGCACGGUGGACGAUGUCUUAUCGUUUUUGGUGUGCUUUGAUGACUACGAAGCCAUCGCUGAGAAGCUUGGCGAAGAUGGAGCGUGGCACAGCGAGGGCAACAUUGGUCCUCUGUAUCUCCAGCUUCAAAACACCUCGCAAUACCAGGGCGACGCAUCCUCUAUCCUCAUGGCGUACUCCGUUGAACAGAUUUUAGGCCGAAUCGACACGUGGGGAGUCAUCGACCAAACUAUUGGUCACUGGUGGAAGCCUGCCGCUUCGCUCUCCGAGAAAGCCAAGUCUGUCUACGACACAUAUCAGUCGCUGAAGGAACGCGUGCCGGACUUGACCACGGAAAAGUUCCAGGAGGUAUGGAACAGCGCAUCCACCAAAAGUGGCGUGGGCAAGUUGAAGGAGCUGGCCAAGCUGUUCACCUUGAACCCCGAGACACGCGAUCUCCGUGAUUCCUGGGAAAACCUCGACAGGGUGGACAGGGGCAGAAAGAUUUCUCUGUACGUCACGUCGUAUCCGAAGCGCUCACGUACUAUGGCCACUUUUGCAUUCGGCGAGAACAGGGUCAAGCUCGGAGACAUGGCCGCAGCUGUGGCGGCGGCAACCAAAGACUCCACCCUUGACAACCUUUUGAAGAAAUACGUUUGAUUUCCAGGAAUGUUUGAAUCCACGAGGCACAGGGGCGUCGUCCUCUCUCAACAUUGUCACUAUGAAGUCAUCCGUGGCGGUGAUACAAUGCAGAGUAAUGUACAUGUGCAUAAUCCCCGUGAGUCCCUUGCACACCGUUCGUGUAUCCGUGGCAGUACUACGGGCGCGCGCGUGCAAUGAUGUGCCGUUUAUCGCGUGAUGAAACUUGUUCAGGAGUCCUGGACGUCGUUCAGUACAUGUUCUGUCCCUUUCAAGCAAAGUCAGAGACAAACUGUUUCUGCUAUUGUGUUUUAGCAGCAAAACGCUGUUCAGUCCCGAUCGAAUAGACGGGGAUCGUGAUUUGUGAUUUCCCACUAUAAAGCGUUAAAAAGGGAGACUUUCCCAGCAUUGAUCUGCAUUCGGAGAACGGAUGGCGUUCAGCUGUGCGGUUUACCGGUACCUUUGCCUUCAAUCUAUUUCUUACGAUUCGCCUGCGUUGGCACAGCGUGAAUGCAGCUUCACCAAAUCGUUCUAACGUUAUCGCAGUAUCCUUUACCGACGUGUGUAAUUGUAGCGGCUUCGGAGAAGACUGUGUCAUUCAGCUGUGGUCCCAUUCGGUCUUCAUGCCAAAUCCAGCUAUAGCCUACACUGAUGCUCGGCUCGCGCUUGGAACCAGUGUGGCGCGGGGGCCGCCGUCUGAAAAGGAAGACUUGCUACCUUAAACACUCUGAUCCGUAGCUUCUAUGCAAUCAAGCUCUAUUACUGAGGACGCACUGUAAACCUCAAGACAACUUGCGCCUCUACAGCCUUUGUUAACGGUGGGCCACAAAACAGGUGGUGUUCUACACAGCGCAAUCAGGGGUGGUUCACGGCACGGCGGGUGGAUUCGUGGUUCUGUUAAUUGUCACCAUGAUUGCUUUCGCACGACCGAGGACAUCCCAAUUACACGGGCAGAGUCGUCGCUCUUUCUCUAGCUCUUGAUCAUCGAGGAGUGGACACUCCAACUGCCCACCAUAACUACUCAUAGCCUCUUCAAUAUUUUCAUUACCUACCAUGUUGUUUGAAACCGUAGCAUAACGCCAUUCAGGGUCUGUCGCGUUGUAGGGUUCUAUCCUUAUCAGCAAAGGCAGUCCCAAACAUUUCUCAGACAUCAAACUUGUCAGUGGCCCCGCAGGUGUCACCGUCCCUCGAUAAUUAUCUGCUUCUUUAUCAUCCCCAGACUCGGAUGUAGCAGCUAUUCUUACGUCGUUUUGAGUUUGUGUACACCGUCCACCAAUCGACACGGAUAGGUGUCGUCGUCAAUUUACGGCGGGAUUGUGUUGCUUUCCGGGUAAUUGAACAUGCAUACGAACGAGGACACUUGUAGCAGAAAGUAGGCAAUUGCUCACCUGUAAAAGGAGAAGAUGUCCAUCAGUCACCACACAUGGUUCCUGCUUGCCGCAUGGUUACAACAGUGUUCCGGUGGUGUUUCCGCGAUACUCCAGUGAUGAAACGAAUACGUACCGGUUGCAUCGAAGUACACGCCUCUGGGCGAGGAUCUAGCACUUGUAGGCCAUUGAAUU